ACACUUGAAGCAUACACAAUGUGUAGAGAGGAGUAGUACACGUUCAGUCGUAAAGGAGAAGUAUGUUUAAAUGAAAUAUGUCGAUUAGCAAUGAAGGAGAUAGCAGGUUCAAUUCAGGAUAACCAUGUUCCGUGUUUGUAAUUUCAAAUUUUGGAGCGGGCUGUUUUUACAGUGGAUUUUCCUAUUGUGGGAAUUAUUAUUAACAAAUGCAAAUAGUGUUUAUUGUCCAGGAGCGUGUUUCUGUCCUUCUUUAACCAAAAAUGUCUACUGCUCCCGGAAAAACCUUCCAGUUAUACCCAAUGGAAUACCUGCCGAUACUACACAACUUAACUUGAACGACAACCCAUUUUCUGUAACAACUUUGGAGAGAAGCAAUUUUUCAUUUUAUACACGAUUGGAACAGCUCUUCCUGAAAGGAUGUGGAGUUGAAUAUGUUUCAUUGGAUACGUUUGCAGAUCUACCUAAACUGAAGUGGUUAGAUUUAAGUAAAAACCGACUUAAAUCUAUUGAUGAUUAUACGUUCCGAGGUUUAACCUUAGAGCAUUUGUUCUUAAAUGACAAUCCGGGUAUUCAAUUGUCCAAAAAUGCAUUUGGAGGCCUAAGGACAACGGGAUUAUAUAUCCAUGAAUGUGCCAUUUCUAAUCUUGCAAUUGAAGUUUUUAAGCCAUUGAAUGGAACAUUGAAGGCGUUGUGGAUAGAUAAAAACAAAAUCGAGUCUUUUGGAAUCGAGUGGUUGUAUUUGUUCCGUAAACUAAGUCACGUAAGAUUGGGAAACAACCCAUUUCAUUGCAAUUGUGAGAUGAAAUGGCUUUUCGAUUACUACCACAAGGACCAGAGUACCGAGAAUAAAAUCCCAUCAAAGGAGGCACCUUCGUGUCGAUCCCCGGCCAAUGUAAGGGGAAAAGACUUCGGUUCUUUAACUGAAGAUGAUUUUGCAUGUCAACUUCCCGUGUUUAAGAAUGUGGACCUUAUCUUUGAGGAAAGUGUCGGUAAGUUGACAUGCUUAGCAAGUGGAGACCCAGUUCCAACUAUCCACUGGAUAAAACCAGAUAAUACGUCCCAAACGUAUCCCCCAAAAUCAAAUCUUGUACAUGUAAAAGACAACGAGGGAGUUAUGUACAUAAGUAAUCCCCAUUCAGUCAGCAACGUCAAAUACCAGUGUAUUGCCAGCAAUCCAGCUGGGAACGUUACUCUCACCCUCAACGUUUUCUGGCCCACACACUACCCACGUGACGUUGGGAUACCCGAUACCCCUAAACCAGAAAAACCGCAGACCCUUAAACCAACAACACAUUCAACAACAUUACCAAUAAAACCAGAGGAGAAAUAUAUCAAACCGGUAUUUCCGAAAUCUACCAAACCGGGCAAAAAUGGGAAAGAAAAAGACACAAUUUAUGUUAUCAAUGCUACCAAAGCAGGGAUGAGCAUGGAGCGCCGAGUUACGCCCCCUGAUCAGUCUUCGGAGUACUCUGUAGUGGACAUUAUUGGCGCUGUUGUAGGUACAUUUGUACUCACACUCAUUGCAUGUGUCGUCAUUUUUCAUAUAUUCUACCGUCAUCAUGAAAAGAUUUUUCGCGAUCACCCACCGACAUUUGGCGAGAAAUCGCCUCAUGUGACGAACCUCGCGCCUGCUGAAAAGCUGCUUCUUCAGAAUAAUCAAGUGUAAGAUGGCUUUGUAUCUUGUGAAUUGUGAGCUAAUACUAAAUUCUGAUGGAGAGCACUGUCAUUAUAAGAGCCGAGCUUAACCUUAAGUUCACCUCACGGAUAGGAGAAUCAUGUGCAAUAUUAAAAGGAAUUUUCUCGCCUUUUUGUGGGGUUUUGAAACCUGAAUAAGUGGAAGAGUCUUUGUCCUCAAUCCAAUGGAUGAAAACAAAGAAUUUUUAUUGAUUUUUGCAUUUUUUUAGUGCUAUUUCUUUUUUUUUUCUCAACCCAUAUAAAACAAAGAACAAUUUUUACCAAAGAUAACAUUUCAAAAGUGGAUUUAACUUCUUGAUUGUGCAAGCAAAAGUAUUUGCAGAAACUCCAGGCAUAUUUAAUUAACUGUGUAUGUUUAGGAACAAAUUGGAAGCCCAGUGGCAAUACAUUUCUCAUUGGACACCGAUCGUGUCAUUAAUCUUGAAUGUAUUCCAUUUUAUCAGAUCUAAUCACGUCAUUUUAUGAAAUCACUUAGUUUGUGGUAAUUUCGUGGGAAUCUAUUUCAAAAUUCAUUACCCCAAAGCGUUCGUAAAGUAGAGGCUUGUUUGCAGUUGUUUACAUUAGCACCCUUUAAUUUUCAGUUGGGAAUACUUGUUACGAAAUAUAGGGUAUGAAAAGAUGCAAAAAAGUUUUAAAUUACAAGGUGGGAUACUCUUACACUGCUAGCUAAGGCACACGCUGUGGUUAAGUUACAUUCCUAUGAAUACUGAAAUUUUGAUUUGAAAGCUUUAUUUUGUUAUACAAAAAGAACAUCCAUUAUGUCUCCUUACCCUCCCCUUGCGAUAACAUCAAACCAAACACAGAUAGGGGGACAAACGAGGUUAAAGCUCUACAAUUAACUUGUAAUAAACCACAAGAUAGGAAUCGGACCAUAAGAAGAAAUUUUACUCGUCUAUAAUGCUGGUAUUUACUUAGUUUCAGAAAUAUUACGCAAUUAUUUCGAAAAAUACUGUAAGCCUUUUAUUACUUAUUCCAUGAAAAGAAUGUUUAUGUAAACUGAGAAGUCAAAUAAUUAUAGCUUUGUAUUUAAUGUGAUUGAGUAAGGAUAUGAGUACAUUGUUCUUAUUUAAUUGCUUUUUUUUUGCAGUUUAUUUUUAAUUUUUCCAGUACUUAUCAAUGGAGACAAAUCAGUGGAUUAUCCGACAGAUAAGAUUAUCCGAAUUAUUCAGAUAUGCUUGAUGUAAGACGAACUGUCUGUUCUAUUAAUUGAGGAGUUUAAGCUCCUUAAUCUACGUGUAGAUGUGCAUUAGUUGAUACUUGAAAAUAACUGCCAUUAAGUUCUAACAUCCAAACGACGGCAUCAAGACAAUUUUCGAGUUUCACGCUAUUCUGAGAAUUAAGUUCAUUAUUUGCCCGAUCCUUUAUUAUAAAGCAGUAAAGUUUCGCCUGAAAAGCGGAAGAUGAUUUGCAUUAAUUUUCGCCCAUUUGUAAAUCUAGAACACGAACUUUUCAGCAUAUUUUAGGAAGACAUUGCAGACAGUUUCUACAUUUUCAAUAUACACGUAUGCCAGGAUAGAUCGGCUAUAUAAGGCUUCGAAUUACAUUUCAAGUGUUCUUGAGCAUUGAAUUGAUGUCAAAUAUAUUUUUACCAGAAGUAAAUGUUUGGUUCUAAAUUCACUCUUAACUAGUAUUUGAGUAGGACUGCAUUCAGUUUGGUUUAUUUAAAUGCAGUAGGGAUCUUUUACACACUCGGUGACAUAUAAUUUAAGACAGUCAAAAUUAAACUUUUUUUCGGGAGGGGGUUGGAUUUGACUUUUAUUACUUAUUUGCUAAUGUAUUUUUGAAGAAAAAAAAACAGUUUCAGAAGUUGUAACUUAUAUGAAUACAUUGUUGCUAUGUAUUAUUCACAGCAAUUUAUCAAUAUACAUGUAUAUCUUCUCCAUGAAAUAUUAAUGGAGGGGUUACCUUGUUGUUAGACAAAUCAAUACCAAAACACUUAAACCCCCCUAAAUUUGUACAAGACGUCCUCUGUGUAGUUUUCAUCUUGUUGGCGUGUCUUUGUUAGAAAUUACCAUAAUGCUACGCUAAAACCUCUGUACACAUCGACAUUGGUAAUAUAUUUGCUUUUAUGUGUUUGCUUAUUUUCAUCUAGAAACAAUUGUAACGACAGCUUUUCAAGAAACUGAAGUUUUGUUUGAUCUUUGACUAAGAUAAAACUUUCUUUUAAAUUGAAGCAUAAGUUAUUUUUUAUUUACAUACUGAAUUCAUCUAUGCCUGACUGUUUCUGGAAAUAGUUUCUAAUUUCAAACAUUGGCAAUUCAAAUUCAAAUUGACUCUCUUGUACAAAUUGUUUGAUGUACACAUUCAUUCACUGAAUGGCUUUCUUCUUGUUUGAGUAGAUAAGCCUCGCUUGACGAGACUUAAUUUGUUUCUGACUUCAUAAACUGAGAACGGACAUGUCUUAUAUGUCAGCCUCGGGCGGAAGAUUGUCAUUUUUUUCCAUGGAGACUUGCUUGUUAUUUUAUUUUAUUUUAUGUUUAUGACUUCAUGGUGUGAAGAUACAGAACUUAUUAACAGGAAGAUAAUUGUUUGAUGUAGACACUAAACAUGGCUUACUUAACAUCUUUUCAUUGUUAUGGAAAGAAUUUUACGCAAUAAGUCAUGGUGUCGCAUUUAAUGGCGCUCACCACGAAUUUAGAACUUAAUACUGCCCGUUUUUGUGUUCUGUUUGUAUUUUUUUUUUACAUUGUUAUUUGUGAAGCAAAAUGGCAGUUGUAAAUAUGUAAUGAGGUAUUGAUUGUUAUAGUUGAAACAGAAAGUGUAAAUGUAUAGCAGUUUUGAGAGAAAGCAUCGUUAGAGAAUAGAAGCGUAAGUGUGGAAUGGCUGAAUGCAUUAUGUAUUUAUUUUGUUUGUUUGUUUUUUUUUUCUGACUUUAAAGUACAAAAAUGAAAUAAAAUAUCAUAACUUGUGAA